GAUUCUGAUAUAGUUAUUUGUCAGCAAACACUUUGAAUUUCAACCGUAAUAAUCUUGAUGUAAGCCGUAAGCAUAUGGAUAAACUUAAAAAUAUACAUCUUUAAAAAAAUUUUGACCGUAAGAAUUACGAAAAGAAUUUAGGGAACGUUAUGAUAAAUUUAACCGAGGAAUACGCCUAAAGAGUUUGAAAAUUGAAUUUGAAAAGAAAAGGAACAUCCAUCAAUCUCAAGUUUUGCAAUUUGCAUCCAUAGUCGAAAAUAAUGGACAAUGACACAGUACAUUAUGUAUGCCACUAUCCCAAUUGCGGUAAGCAAUUUACCAACUCGAUAAGUUUGGCACUACAUAUUACAGAGGUACAUGAAGGAACGUAUAAAUGUGACCUAUGUCCAGCUACAUUUUAUGAUAGUAGGCUCUUCGGCCUUCACAAACGAGAAACACAUGGCGAAAAUCCUUAUGUUUGCGAGAUAUGCAAGAAAAGCUUUAGAACUAGAAGAGAACUAAACAGGCACCGAGUUGUACAUAGCGAUGAAAAAUCGCAUGUAUGUUGGGUAUGUUUCAGAGCAUACAAGAGAGAAGAUACACUUAAUAGACACGUUGAAACUGAAGUAAUUUAUGAUAUAACGAAUAAAAAAAACAACAAGAGGACAAGAUAUAAGUAA